GUUCCAUUCUUCCUCCACCCAUCUUUUUAACUCCCAACAACCAUUGCCGCGUCUUUAUCCGACACGUCCGCUCUUUUCUACUCGCAUAAUGGGUAAGCUCGCGCGUUUUUUAUCUGGUUCCUAUUUACCCUCCUCGAAAAGAACGCGCGUUUCCCGACGAAAGCAACAUGAUGAGAUCCCAUUCAACCCUCCACAUCAAAAUAGGAAGAGCCGUCUGAGACUCACCCCGGGUUUUUCGUUCGCCUCCUUCUCUCCUUCGUGGGGAGGGGGAAAGCGAACGGGCCCCUCGGCUUUGUCCCUCGUUUGUAUUUCUCGUCCUGUCUGGCGCCGGGGACGCCUGGAGGUUGCGGACGCCAGGACAUUUGUAUCGUCAUAUGCAAUUUGUUCCGGCAUUAGCUUCCGUUCCCCUGGGGUUUUCGGACCUGGCCGUCGGACUGGACGGGCGGCGAGGGCGGUGGGGUUGGUAGUGCUUUUAACUUGGGUUUCUGAGAUUUUGCUUUUCGUUCUUUUUUUUCUUUUCUUCUUCUGCCUUUUGGUGGUUUGGCCUGGUGGCAUUUUGUUUGCGGCUCGUGAGCUUGUGCUGACCGGGCUCUAGGGCGUUGACUUCCGUCUCCCUCGGCGGUCAAUUUAUCGAUAUUGCGAGAGAAGAGUUUCAGUCUUCGUAGUAUCUUCCUGGGAAGGUGAAGAGGUGGCAACAUAGGUGGGAGGCGAGUUGGUCACAAGGUCACCCAGGGGUCAACGAGGUUAUCCACGGGUUAUGGUAGAUUAGAGCGAACAAUAUAUAG